AGAAAAGUCAAAAAGAUGGGGUUUAUUAAUACUCAUGCUCAAAGUCAAUGACUCAAUCUUAUGACACUCUUGGUUGAUGAACAUUUCAGGAAUGGGAAGGAAUUCUUCAUUGCAACUCAAAAUUGUAUGCUUCAAUAUUGUCUUACAUUUGUUAGCAUGGUCAAGGAUGCAAAGAAGCCACUGCUUGGUGCCUCAAAGGUCCAUUAUGAGCAUAGGUGUUGUGCUUGAUUUGGAUUCAUUAAUGGGAAAACAACAGAAAAUAGCAAUGGAAAUUGCAGUGCAAGAGUUCAACAACCAAUUAAGUUCUCCCAAGCUGGAUUUGCAGAUAAAAGAUUCACAUGGAAAUUCUGCUCAAGUAAUUGCUGGUGUUAUGGACCUCUCAUUGAGCAACCAAGUGUUGGCCAUCACAGGAACUAUUACACACAAUGAAGCAGCUCUAGCAAGUGAAUUCAGCGACACCAUAAAGAACAUUCCUAUCAUGUCUCUAACUUCUUUUACAGGCAGACCAGAAUUAUUAUCUUCAAGAUUGAAACAUUUCAUCCAAGUAGGGGAUGAUAUUAACCUUAACAUGCAAUGCAUUGUAGCAAUUGUAGGAUAUCUCAAAUGGAAAAAGGUAACAGUAAUAUAUGAACUUAAUAAUGAUUUUUCCUCUGAUCAAGGAAGGAUACUACUUAGUCUCUCUUAUUCUCUUAAACUAGUUGGUUCUGAAAUUGAUAACCAUUUAGCUUUUCCUUCCUUAUCCACUCUUUUAGAUCCAAACACUACAAUUGAAAAUGAGCUUAAUAAGCUGAAAAGGAAGAGUAAUAGGGUCUUUUUGAUUGUUCAUUCUUCUUUGGAGCUGGCUAACAUGCUUUUUGAGAAAGCAAAUCAAAUAGGUUUGAUGGAAAAAGGAUCUGUGUGGAUUAUCCCAAAUAUGGUUGCUGGUCUUCUUGAUUCAGUUAACUCUUCUGUUAUAUUCAACAUGCAAGGUGUUGUAGGAUUUAAAACAUACUUUAUGGAAAUGAAUGAAGCUUUUAGAGAGUUCAAAUUCAAAUUUCGAAGAAGGUUUGCACUAGAAUACCCUAAAGAAGAUAACAUUAACCCAAGUAUCUUUGCACUUCAAGCAUAUGAUGCAACUUGGGCUAUUUUUGAGGCUGCAAAUAAGUCAUCGUCACAAGGAAAGUUUAGCCUUGAACAAUUCUCAGCAAAGGUUUUGUCAAAUAAAUUUGACAGACUAAGUAGAAACACUUUCUCAAAGAAUAGACCAUUGAUGCAAUCACAAUCCUUUAACAUAAUAAAUGUGAUAGGGAAAAGUUAUAGAGAAAUGGCAUUUUGGACUCCAACACUUGGUUUUUCCAAGAACAUAUUUAGCAAUCAAUUAAUGGAGAAGAAAAACACAAACAAUGAUCAUGAUUCUAAUGGAGUUUUCAGCACAGUUUAUUGGCCUGGAGACAUGCAAUCAGUUCCAAAGGGAUGGACUCACAGUAAUGAGGAAAGAUUAUUGAAAAUAGGAGUACCUUCCAAUGGUGCCUUUACUCAGUUUGUGAAUGUAACACAUGACAAGAGUAUGAACGGAUCUUCAAUCACUGGUUUCUCUAUUACUGUCUUUGAAGAAGCUGUCAAACUUUUACCUUAUGAUUUACACUACAAUUUUGUUCCUUUCAAUGGCUCAUAUGAUGAAAUGGUUCAUCAGGUCCACAAUAAAGCAUUGGAUGGUGCGGUUGGUGAUACAGGGAUAAUGGCAUAUAGAUAUAAUUUAGUUGACUUCUCACAACCUUAUAUUGAAUCUGACCUCCACAUGGUGGUUACUGAACAACCAGCAAAAUCAAAAACAUGGAAGUUUUUGGAUGCCUUUACUAAAGAGAUGUGGCUUUUGAUAGCAGCUAUUCAUAUUUUUGUAGGCUUUGUUAUUUGGUUGGCUGAAAGGGAAGAUAAUCCAGAUCUAAGGGGGAUUGGUUCCAUGCUAUGGUUUUUAGUCACUGUACUAUUUUAUGCACAUAGAGAACCAAUAAGAAGACCGUUAGCUCGAAUUGUGCUGGCACCGUGGUUAUUUGCUAUUUUCAUUGUGACAAAUAGUUUCACAGCAAGUUUGACAUCCAUAACUAUAUCACAAGCAAAGCCAUCUGUGUUAGAUAUACAAACCCUUAAAGAAAGAAACUCACCAGUUGGGUGUAAUGGAAAUUCAUUCAUUGUGAAUUACUUGACAGAAGUACUAAAGUUCAAGCCUGAGAACAUUAGGAAAAUAAAUUCCAUCAGUGAUUACCCUGCUGCCUUUGAGAACAAGGAUAUAGAAGCCGCCUUCUUUGUCGGACCGCAUGCUAGAGUCUUUCUAGCAAAGUACUCGUGUAAAGGACUAAUCAACGCAGGGAACAUUUUCCGGCUUGGUGGCUUUGGCUUUGCAUAUCCAAAAGGUUCUAGUUUGGCUAUUGAUAUAUCAGAGGCAUUGCUGAAUAUGAUAGAGAGUGGGCAAAUAAAAGAGCUAGAAAAAGAUAUGUUGAAUAAGCUAAAGAAUGAAGGCAUAGCCAAUUGUUCUUCAAAGAAAAAGGAGAAAGAUAAUUCAUCAAUUGACAUACCACCUUUCCUUGGUUUAUUUUCCAUUUGUUCUUCUUUUGCUAUUCUUGCUUUGUCAUAUCACACAAUUUGUUUGUUGGUGAAGAAGAACUUAGAGACCUUGACAUACCACAUAGUAUUAACAUUAAUUCGAUUGUGGAGAAUAUGGAAAUGGACAACCAAAUACUUCUCUCGGAUCAUGAGAAGAGUAUGCAGUUGCAUAGAAACAAGAAAUGCAGAAGAGGAUGUCAAUAAUAGCCAGCAAAACCCAGUGAUAGUGGUUGCUCAUGCUUCAUCAUGAACUAUUCAUGCUUCAUACUUGUUAAUAUUUAAUGCAAAAUAUAAAAGUAAAGUUCAAUAACUUUCUACAUUGUAUCUAGAGGUUUUAAAAUUAGUGUUUCCUUCCUCUUCCUAUUGAGGCACAACAAUGCAUGGGCUGAAUUAAUGCUUGCAAUGUUACAAAAUGAAUGAAAACUUAAAUUAUGUCUAAUAAUUCAUAUUCAACUUUCAGAGCAUUUAUGACCAAGAUUCAAACCGAAUGUUGUCUAAUACCUCCUAGGCCAAGACCCAAGGUAACAAUCUAAAGAAAGGAAGAUCGCUCGUGUUACAGAAAAAGUCAUCGCAUGAAUGCAGGGCAGUUGUUUCCUUCUCUAAAAAUGUGUGAAACUCUAAAACAAAAACUCUUGAUAAGAACCAUAAUUACUCAUCUGUUCUGAAGUUACCAAGACACCGAUAAAAAGUUAUCAAAGGCCUUAACAGUGAUCACGAAAUCACAUUCCAAUCAUAUGUUAAACCAACCUCUAUCAUAAUCAAUUUCAGCAAAAAGCAUAGCUACAGUAAAUUCAGCAUGAAGAGCAGUAGAAGUUCCCAA